GAGGAGGAGGAGGCAGGAAGAAAACCGAGAGAGACGACAAGCUCUGAGUUUUAAAAAAUCUCAUUUUUAUUUUGGUUUCAAAAGGUGAGGGGGGGGAAGAGAAAUCCUCAAAGCAAAAAAAAAAAAGGGGGGGGAGAAGCCACUGAGAAGGGUUAUAAAAAAAAGCGAGUCCCUCAGAAGAGUGAAGCGCAAAGCGAGGAGGAGCCCCAACCUGGCAGCACGCGAGGACUUCCAAGGGAGCAGGGUGGGGGGGAAGCCUGGAAAUGCAGCGCCGGAGCGUCCUCCUGCCCCUUCUGCUGGUGUGCGCGGCCGCGGCGGCGGCAGCCCACGCCGGCGGCGCCGAGUGCGGGCUGGCCGAGCGCUCCGGCCGGGCGCGAAGGGACACCCGGCAGGCGGCGCAGCAGCAGCAGCAGGCGGCGGCGGCGGCGGCGCAGCAACACGCCGCUCUCCACUCGCCUUACCCCGCCCCGGGCACCUGCGCCACCAGGUUAGCCCGGGGUAGACGCUCCUCCGCGGGCGCGGGCGGGCCGGAGGCGCCGCGGGCUCCGCGCCGCAGGAGGCGAGCUCAGGAGGGCGGGGAGCAGCCGGCAGUCAGCCGAGCGCUCUAUUUUCGCGGCGAGGGCGACCAGCUGCGGCUGAAGGCAGAGGUGGAGUUACCCCGGGAUGCCUUCACGGUCCAAGCGUGGCUACGGCCCGAGGGCGGGCAGAAAACGCCGGCGGUCGUCGCAGGACUAUAUGACAAAUGUUCUUACACCACCCGUGACCGAGGAUGGGUCCUGGGGAUUAACACCAUCAGUGACCAGGGAAAUAGAGAACCCCGCUUUUUCUUUUCCUUGAAGACGGACCGUGCCCGGAAGGUUACCACCAUCACAGAUCAUCGUAGCUACCUCGCAAACCAGUGGGUUCACCUAGCUGUCACUUACGAUGGACGCAUGAUGAAGCUCUAUGUGAACGGUGCCCAAGUGGCCACCAGUGGGGAGCAGGUAGGGAACAUCUUUAGCCCUUUGACCUUGAAAUGCAAAGUUCUCAUGCUUGGUGGGAAUGCCCUGAAUCAGAAUUACCGAGGCUACGUAGAACAUUUCAGCCUUUGGAGAACAGCCCGGUGUCAGAAGGAGAUUCUGUCUGACAUGGCCAUGGUGACUCAUGAAGCAGAUGCUCAUCUACCUCAGCUAGUUUUUCAGGAGACUUUACUGAAUGUGAAAAGCAUCUGGUCUCCGAUGAAAGACAGCCCUAGUCUUCCUCAGAUAGAAUUCACUUCCCACCCUGGCUACCUGCUGGAUACAAGCCUUGAUCCACCUCUAUGUGGGCAAACUGUGUGUGACAACAAAGAGGUCAUUGCCAGCUACAACAAGCUCCCAAACUUCCGUCACAAAAAGGUAGUCCGCUACCGAGUAGUGAAUAUCUAUGAUGACCACCAUCGCAACCCAACUGUUAGCUGUGAACAGAUAGAAUUUCAACACCAGCAACUGAACGACGCCUUCAGCCCUUACAACAUCACAUGGGAACUGGAGGUGCUGGAAGUAAAGAACUCCUCCCUCCGGCACCGCCUGAUCCUUGCCAACUGUGAAAUUAGCAAGAUUGGAGAUGACAGUUGUGACCCCGAGUGCAACCAUACCUUGACCGGGUACGAUGGAGGGGACUGCCGGCACAUGCGGCACUCGUCAUUCAACAAGAAGAAGCAGAAUGGUGUGUGCGACAUGGAUUGUAACUAUGAGAGGUACAGCUUUGAUGGUGGGGAUUGCUGUAACCCAGAGAUAACUGAUGUCACCAAGACAUGCUUUGAUCCAGACUCUCCUCACAGAGCAUAUUUAGAUGUCAAAGAACUUAAGAAUAGGCUCCAGCUGGAUGGCUCAACACAUCUCAACAUCUUCUUUGCUAACUCCUCUGAAGAAGAGUUGGCAGGUGUAGCUACCUGGCCGUGGGACAAGGAAGCUUUGGUACACCUGGGGGGAAUCGUGCUGAAUCCUUCCUUCUAUGGCAUAGCGGGACACACCCAUACAAUGAUCCAUGAAAUAGGGCACAGUCUGGGGCUCUACCACGUCUUCCGAGGAAUCUCCGAGAUCCUCUCCUGCAAUGACCCAUGCAUGGAAACAGAGCCUUCCUUUGAGACCGGUGACCUCUGCCAUGACACAAAUCCAGCUCCAAAACACAAGACCUGUGGUGAUCCAUCCCCUGGGAAUGACAUGUGUGGUUUCCGUAGCUUCCAGGACACUCCAUUUAACAAUUAUAUGAGCUACACAGAUGAUGACUGCACCAACUCCUUCACACCCAACCAAGUGGCAAGGAUGCACUGCUACCUGGACCUCGUGUAUCAGAGCUGGCAACCUGCCAAGAAGCCUGCACCCAUCGCUAUCGCACCCCAGAUUGUGGACCGAAUGGGGACCUUCAUCACCCUGGAGUGGUUUCCACCCAUAGACAGGCACUUCUUUGAAAGAGAAGUGGGAUCAGCCUGUGAUCUCUGCAUGGAAGGCAGGAUCCUUGUGCAGUAUGCAUUCAGAGCCUCAUCACCGAUGCCAUGUGACCCAUCUGGACACUGGAGUCCCCGUGAAGCAGAAGGUCCCCCUGAUGUGGAACAGCCAUGCAAGGCCAGUGUUAGAACUUGGAGUCCCAAUUCAGCAGUCAUCAAGCAAACCAUCCCUCCUGCCUGUCCCGAACCCCAGGGCUGCUACCUGGAGCUAGAGUUUCAGUACCCAGUAAUCCCAGAGUCUCUGACCAUAUGGGUGACCUAUGUCUCUGAUGACUGGCAUUUCAGCGAAGCGGUGAAUGACAUCAAACUCUUAAUGGUCAGUGGGCGGAAUAUAUCCCUUGGCCCUCAGAACUUCUUCUGUGAUGUCCCCAUGACCAUCAGGCUGGACUCCAAGAAGGUGAAUGAAGAAGUUUGUGGUAUCCAAAUCUACACUUUGGAUGAACAGCUGGAGAUUGAUGCCGCCAUGAUGAGCUCGGUACCACAGAGCACGCAGUGUGCCAACUGCCGACCUAUCCAGUACAAAGUAGCCCGGGACCCUCCCUUUCAGAAGGGCUCUCCAUUCAUCAUCUCAGACCUCAGCCGGAAAUUCAUGGACACUGAAAUACAAGCAGGCAUCUUAUACACUUACUGGGUUUCAGUAAUUUCUGGGAUGGAAGAGAGCGAAACAUCUCCCCCACUCACCUAUGUCCAUGGAAGCGGCUACUGUGGAGAUGGGAUAAUCCAGAAGGACCUAGGGGAAGAGUGUGAUGACAUGAACAAGGUCAAUGGAGAUGGAUGUUCCCUCUUUUGCCGCCAAGAGUUGUCCUUCAAUUGCAUUGAUGAACCAAGCAGAUGCUACUUCCAUGAUGGUGACGGUGUGUGCGAAGAGUUUGAGCAGAUGACCAGCAUCAUAGACUGUGGAGUCUAUACACCCAAAGGCUUUGUCGACCAGUGGGCGUCCAAUGUGUCGGUCUCACAUCAUGAUGAGCGAUGCCCGGAGUUGGUUGUGAUAGGUCAGCCAGCAGCCAAUCAAGUGUGCCGAACCAAAGCGAAUGACUUCAGUGAUGUGUCUCAGUAUGCUUGGUACCCAUGCACUGCCAACAACACCCAGACUAUUUUCUGGCUCAAGGCUUCCUUUUCACAACCAAUGGUUGCCGCCGCCGUUAUAAUCCACUUGGUUGCAGAUGGGACCGAAGAUCUCGAUCAGCAGGAGACCAUUUCUGUUCAACUGGUUGACACCAAAGACCAGAGCCAUGACCUUGGAAUCCAUGGCUUGAGCUGCAGGAAAAACCCUUUGAUUAUCCCUGUCAUUCAUGACCUUAGCCAACAUUUCUACCAUACCCAGGCCAUCCUCAUCACUUUCAGCUCUCCGUUCGUGGCCAUCUCUGGGGUGGCCUUGCGCUCCUUCCAAAACUUUGACCCCAUCACCGUCAGCAGUUGCCAAAGCGGACAGACCUAUAGCCCGGCUGAGCAGAGCUGUGUCCACUACUCCUGCAAAGCCACUGAUUGCCAAGAACUGGAGAUUGAGAAUGCUGUGCUGACCUUCUCCAGUGAGGGGCGUUUGAAUGGUGCACAGUGCAAUGUCACUGCAAGACAGGCUACAUCCUUCAAAUACAGAGCAGAUGACGACCUUGCAAUGAAUCAGGUGGAGCCCAGUGUCACCAUGACCUGUGUGGAUGGGAAGUGGAGCAAGCAGAUAGCCUGUGAGCCUGUGGACUGUGGGAUCCCUGACCAGUAUCAUGUCUACCCAGCCACCUUCAACUGCAGUGAGGGCACCACCUUUGGCAAGAGAUGUUCUUUCACUUGUAAGCCUCCUGCCCAGCUGAAGGGAAACAACAGCAACUUGACAUGCUUGGAAGAUGGGCUCUGGUCCUUUCCUGAGGCGCUCUGUGAACUGAUGUGCCGAGCUCCUCCUUUAGUCCCCAGUGCCGACCUCCAAACUGCUCGCUGUCGUGAAGACAAACACAAAGUUGGUUCCUUUUGCAAGUAUAAAUGCAAGCCGGGUUACCAUGUCCCAGGAUCCUCUCGGAAGGCAAGGAGGAGGGCCUUUAAGAUCCAGUGUGGCCAAGAUGGAACUUGGCUAGAAGGAGCUUGUACACCUGUCACCUGUGAACCUCCACCCUCCAAGUUCUACGGGCUCUACCACUGCACCAAUGGCUUCCAGUUCAACAGCGAGUGCAGGAUCAAGUGCGAAGAGGACGGCACCCAAGCCGGCCGUGGGAACAACGUGAUUCACUGCCGGAAAGACGGCACCUGGAGUGGCUCAUUUCACCUCUGCAGAGGGAUGCAAGGACACUGCUCCCUUCCCAGCCAGCUGAGCGGGGGCUUGAAACUGCAGUGUCCAGACGGAUACAGCAUAGGAGCUGAGUGUACCAUCUUGUGCCCAGACCAUCCUAGUGAGCCCAUCCUGUUGCGUGCCAACGAGACAUUACAAGACAUCCAACACUGGAUGAACCCUCCAAGAGUGAAGAACGUUGUCUGCACCGCUGAACUCAAGUGGUAUCCUCAUCCUGCUCUGAUCCACUGCAUCAAGGGUUGUGAGCCUUUUAUGGGAGAUAACUAUUGUGAUGGGAACAAUAACCGAGCCUUUUGCAACUAUGAUGGUGGGGACUGUUGUGCCUCAACAGUGAAGACUAAAAAGGUCAUCCCCUUCCCAAUGUCCUGCGACAUGCAGGGGGAUUGUGCUUGCCGGGACCCCAACGCCCAAGAGCACAGCCGACGGGAGCUUCGCGCCUUCAGCUUUGGAUAAUACGAAGAUGACAGAAGAGAAACCACCUCCAAAGGCUAGGAGAGAGGCAUCGUCACUUACCCCAUUUUUGUUGGUAUUGUGUGUGUUUUUUCCUCAUUUGUUUAAAACAAAACAAUUUCAGCUGCUCAACUCAAUGGUGUUUCUGCACCAGGGACCUGUAGAACUCAACCAGUCUGCCUUUAAUUUCUUUGCCCAAGGAGAACUGAAAUUUGGGGGCGGGGGCGGGGGU